AUGAGCUCUUCGAGCAGCUUCUCCGACUCUUCCGUCUCUCCCAUCGAGCCCGUCGAUUUUACCGGUAUGCAGAUGCUCGCGGCUCCCAACGCCGUCUCGCUGGCCAACGGAACACUGCUCGCCGCCGGAGGAGCGGCUGGGGUCGCCAACAAAUCGAACAACAAUGCGGCGGAAAAGGUGCCACGUCAGCAGUGCUACCUUUGCGAUCUUCCACGCUGGCCGUGGGCAAUCAUCAACGACUACAUUGAGCCGGUGUGCCGAGGAUGUGUCAACUAUGAGGGAUCGGACAGGUUGGUUGGCUAUUGGAAACGAUAAAUCCCUGAUUUAGUUAGGGGGAGGGGCUCUGUGUGCUGUGUGUGAUGCAAUUGUUUUUUGACCGGGCCUCAGCCUCAUUGACUCACCUAUGAAACUGUUUCGGAUGAUUCCGAGGCAUUGCAACUGAUAAGCCUUCAACUAUCGAUCACUCUCUUCCAGAAUCGAACUUGUGCUCGAGGAGACACGUCAACAGAAAAAGCUUCAGGGCGUUGUGAGUGACCCGCAGAACGCGAAAACCUCUCAUCGAGACGCCACGCCACAACAGCAGCCACUGCCGUUGCAACCGAUUCCAGUGUCCUCCACUCAAAACGGUGUCGGACGCAUCAGCCCGCAAAGAACACCGCAGCCGCCGGCUCUUCCAACAUCUCCGUUCCAGAUGCCCAACUUGAAUAACUUGGAGGUGAGUCGUUGACCCACUGAGAUGUUCUGUACUAUUCAACUGUUUUCAGCAAGUAAUGGCUCACCACCGUCUGCUGCAGAUGAGUCACCCAAAUCAACGUGUGAUGGAUGACCUGCUGCAGCAAUCUCUGCGGAACAUUGGUCCGAACUCACAUCUUCUCGCACCGUUCUUGAUGAAUAUGAUGCCGAGCUCGACGUUCAACAACGCGUCGUCGCAGCCGAAUCCGCGCAAACGUGAUUCGGACGACGAGCAGAAGGCCGAGGGAUACGGAAAAGUUCAGCGAGGUUAGUUGGUAGGGGAAGGUAUGGGAACCGGUUGUUGCGUAAAGUAGUCGCCUCUCUCUCUCUUUCUCUCCUUUUGCGAUUAGCCCUCUCGAAUUACGUAACGCACAGCGCCGCAAAAACCAGGCACCAAAAGUGACCUCGAGAAGCAGAGAGAGAGAGAGAGAGAGAAAGAAAGAAAGACCGAUAGAGAGAUGGGGUCACCGUCUCGAAUCGAACCGGUUUUGCGACGAGGUGCGCCACGACGCCUGGCACCCAGGGUCAUCAUCCUCAUCAUUCUCAUCUACUCCUCUCUCAUUUUUCCAGGCGAUGCCCAAACGACGACCGCUUCGCCAACCUCUACGCACUCGCCCGAUCACCCAAAGGAGCGGCGAGGGAUCGCCGCGCCGAUCGAACGCAUUCUGAGAUGCACUCUCUGCAACGAGCGCCUCGAGGACACACACUUUGUGCAAUGCCCGUCUGUGCACAUGCACAAGUUCUGUUUCCCGUGCUCUCGGAAGAGCAUCAAGGAGCAGUGCAAGAGCACUGACCUCUAUUGUCCAUCCGGAGAAAAGUGUCCGCUGGUCGGAGCCGCGAUGCCAUGGGCUUUUAUGCAAGGAGAGAUCGCCCAGAUCCUGGGAGACGGGUACGAGGAGUUCAAAAAGACCCGGGAAGCGGCUGGACUCGCGCCGCCGAACGGAGCCAACUCUCACACACUUGCCGCCGCCGCAGCCGCCGCCGCUCAGGUUCGUCAAUCGCUUCGAAGAUCACGCACCAGUAAAUGCUGUCGUCGUCACGUACACUUACAAUAACUUUAUCGUGUGUUCUUGUGCCACUAACACUAUUUGUACUACUACAUGCAUGAAGUGAAGUUUCAGUUGAGACGAAGAGGACAGCAUGCUCACAGAAAUCAUCACAAUCGCACACUUACUCGAUCACAGAUUAACCAUUCUUCGUUUUCUACUUCUACUAGUCGUGUAAGUAACACACUAAAUUAACUCUACUACACACACUAAUGAGAAAUUGUUGUCCCGACGUCGCAGAAGUCUGAAAAUGAUUGCGAUGGAGCGUGUUUGACAGAAUUGUCUAGCACAUUUAUUCUAAACACGAUGUUUUCAGAACGGUGCCACCACUCAAACGUCUCCGGCUUCAACAACAACUUCGGCAGCCUCGUCGACUUCCGCCGCCACGUCGCCACAGAACUAA